AUGCCACCAAAGAAGAAAACGCCUAAUUUGCUCCAGAUCUGUACAAAACGAAGGUUCAUCAGAGGAAAAGUGGAAGAAACACGUCGAACAUUAAAAGAAGAAAAAGCGAAAGAAGAGGUCGACGUGGACGUUUUAGGUGUCCUCCGAGGAAAGUUCGAACAAUACAGAAAUUUAUUAGCCGAAUACGACGAGAUCAUUCAACAAACAACGAAUGAUGAGGAUGAAUUGAGAGAUGAACUCCCCGAAUCAUUACAAAUCGCCGACGAUCUACAAACUGCGCUCAUCGAAUUGGAAGUCAAACUCGCAACUUUGAGUAACAUCGGAUCAAACGAAGUUGCUGACAGUCGAUCAGUAACCAGUAAUCAAAAAUCAAAUCAGCGAUUGAUGCCAAAACUACCAAAAUUGGAAAUCAAGAAAUUCGAUGGCGAUCGGAUUCGGUGGCAAGAAUUCUGGGAUCAAUUUGAUUCAUCUAUUCAUUCAAAUGAAUUCAUAUCCGACGUCGACAAAUUUAAAUAUUUAAGAAGCUAUUUGGACGG